AUGCAGAAGAGCUGCAUGCAACCCGCCGGAAACUCGGGGUCUGGGAUGCCAGUCAUCGACCAAUCCGCCACCUCCUCAUGUUUGCACGGCAGACUCCAACCGUUCCCCCGACACCUCCGCGCCGAACAAUCCAGCGCACAGCCUUCAUCAGACAGUACCCGAUGA